UGCGGUGCGAGCGGUGGGGCUGCCGGAGCCAGCCGCGAGGUGCAGCGCGCACAUGGGGACGCACCGCAUCGUGCUCUCGGGCCCCGGGCCCUGGGGCUUCCGCCUGGUGGGCGGCCGCGACUUUGAGCAGCCCCUCGCCAUCUCCCGGGUGACUCCGGGCAGCAAAGCUGCCAUAGCCAACUUGUGUAUAGGAGACCAGAUCAUAGCCAUUGAUGGAGUGAACACAGAUAACAUGACGCACCUUGAGGCACAAAACAAAAUCAAGGGGUGCACAGAUGAACUGACUCUGACAGUCAGCAGAACGGAGUCAAAAGUCUGGUCACCACUUGUAAGCGAGGAGGGAAAGACACAUCCUUAUAAGAUGAAUCUGGCCUCUGAGCCACAGGAAAUAAGGCACAUAGGAAGUGCACACAAUCGGAGUGCAGUGCCCUUCACUGCUGCCACAGCUUCUGCCCCCAGGGUGAUCACUGCUCAGUACAACAGCCCAGCAGGCCUCUACUCCUCAGAGAACAUCCAGACCUUCAACAGUGCGGUGGAGACAAAAACAUCACCUGGGGCCCUGGAGCCUACCAAGCCUUUAGAUCAGCAUAACCAGACCCCAGGCAACAUUGCUAUAGACAGACAAUCUGAGGUUUACAAGAUGCUGCAGGAGAAUCAAGAGUCAAAUGAGCCACCCAGACAGUCUGCUUCAUUUCUUGUGUUGCAAGAGAUCUUGGAGUCAGAGGAGAAAGCUGUUGAUUGUUCAAGACAUAUAUUUAAAGGCUUGCCUCGUAUCCCGCAUCUAGGAUCCACUGCUGGUUUAGGCAUCCAGGAGACCCUACCAAACCAUCUGGAUUUAGGAGUGUCAAAGCCCCUACCACAAAGGUGGCCUCAUCGAUUGGGAAUGCCCAGAAGCUGCCCAUGUGCGACAAGUGUGGAUCUGGCAUUGUAGGGAUGUUCGUGAAGAUCCGGGACAAGCAGCGUCACCCCGAGUGCUACGUGUGCAGCGACUGUGGCACCAAUCUCAAGCAGAAAGGACACUUCUUUGUGGAAGACCAAAUCUACUGCGAGAAGCACGCGCGGGAACGGGUGAUUCCCCCGGAGGGCUACGAGGUGGUCACUGUCUUCCCAAAGUAAACCGUGCUGCUCACAAAGCAAGUGUGGAUGAUUCAUCCUCUGCUGCUUUUCCUUGGAGAGCAUUUUCCCUACCCCCUGCAGAAUCUUGUUUGCAAUAAGGAAUGCUAGGCAUGGCUUUGAAUUUCCUUGUCAUUAUUAAUCCUCCAUCUGUUCACAUGAGAUGUCACUAAUUGUUCAACAUUCUUCUCAUCCUCUCUUUCACUUUUUUUUUAAUACACAGAUUUUUUUUUCCUUCAUUGUGCUGUCAAUCACACAGGAAAAUCAGAGGCCAAAGUCAGAUUGCAACUUUUCUGUGUUCUAGUUAUUUUGCCAUCUGUUUGCCUUCAAUAAAUGGGGUGAAUCCACAAGGCAGAAGUGGGUUUUUUCUGCUGUUUUCCUUGUGCACUGGAUUGUGGUUCCCUGGGCAGCAGAAGAGGUGCCCAGUGCAUGGCAGGGUUUAUCCUGGAGAAUAGUGUGAGGCGUUUACAAAGUUGAGUCAGACUGGUCUUGCUGCCAGCUGAGCUGUGAGCAGCUGCCUGCUGGCACCCAGCAAGGGGCAGGUGGGCACAGCCAAGCCUCAGAGCAGACUGGUGGCCUGUGCCCAGUGCAAGGCAGCCGAGAGCUGCCUUCCUCUGUGUCCAGCACUGCUUCAUGAUGAUGGGACUGGGCAUGUCAGGGUUUCCUGCUACUGCAUCACCACAGAUGCCCCUUUGCUCCCCACAGUCCCAAACUGAGCUUUAUGAGAAAAAUGAUCGCGUGAUUCUUGCUGGAAACCGGGGAACCUGAGAGUGAAGAGGGGAAGGUUUGAGCAGCCACAGUCUGUUCUGGCUCCCCCUGGGGGGAACCACAUGUGGCUGCCCAAGGCAUCGCCCUGCUCCUAGUGCUGCUGCUGUGCACAGCUGCUGGAGGGUGCCUUUGGGGGGUGAUGUGGGGAGGGGGGAACAUGCCUCUUGUGCCCUGGACAAAGGGCUAAUGGUGCCUGAGCAGAACCUCGACCUGUGUAAAGCAGAGAGGAGGCCUGCAGUGGUUAUUUCUCUCACACCUCUAAAUGAGAUGCUGGCUGUUCUUAAUCAUGUAAAAAUAAACUGUUUCUAAUAUGUGA